AUGGCUGAUUCAGUGCAACUCGCGCAUGCAUCCACCCACCCACCUGUCUAUUCCUUCCAUAUUGUCACACAUCUCACUUUACACCUCUUCCCGCAUACCCUGCCGCCCAUUUGUCCCGCCCACCGCACCACAGCAGCAGGUCUGCACCCCACGGCGGUGCUGAAUGCUGUGCCCGCGCGGCAGCAGGCACAUGUGUGGGUGGUGGGGGGCGUGCUGGCGGGGGUGGUGUAUCUGCACUGCCACGCCAUGCACCGCCCCCUCCUCGCCCUCACUGCCGACGUGCUCCUCGUCCUCACCACUGCCGCCGCCCUGCUCGCCCUCCUCUCACGCGCCCUCAACCUCCCCCCACUGCUGCACACAGCGCGCCCCUGGCAGGUGUCGGAGGGGGCAGCGGAGGCGGUGGUGGCGGCGGGGGCCAACGUGCUGGGGGCAGCGGAGGGCGUGCUGCGAGUGGCUGCCAGCGGCUCCGACGUGCGCCUCUUCGUCAAGGUGCUGCUCUUCCUCUACAUCACAGCAGCUGUCGGUCGCAUCGCCUCCCUCGCCACCAUCAUCUUCUUCUGUGUUAUCAGCAGCUUCACGGUCUCCCUCCUACGUUCCCUUGCAUCCUCCGUUGCUGGUCUUGUCAACGCCCGCACUACAAUGUGA